AUGGCGACUGACAUAGGCUUUGACACGAGCAUGGGCUCGUUCACAGUGGAGCUUUACAACGAGCAUGCACCGAAGACUUGUAAAAACUUCGCCACACUUGCGCAGAGGGGUUACUACAACAACAUCGUCUUCCACCGCAUCAUCCCGAAUUUCAUGGUACAAACCGGCGAUCCUACCGGCACUGGCAGAGGAGGGAGUUCGAUCUAUGGAGAAAAGUUUGAGGAUGAAAUACAUGCAGGCCUCAAACAUACAGGUGCCGGGAUAUUGAGUAUGGCAAAUAGUGGACCCAAUACCAACGGCAGUCAAUUUUUCAUCACUCUUGCGCCCACCCCAUGGUUGGAUGGAAAGCACACCAUUUUCGGCCGUGUAAAGAGUGGAAUGAGAGUAAUACAGCGCAUGGGCCUCGUGAAAACGAAUGGUGAGGAUAGGCCGGUGGAUGAAGUCAAGAUCCUUCGUGCGAGGGUGGUGGAAGAAGGAGGACAAGAGUGA